AUGCGGAGGAGGGACGACAUCCCUCCUGGUGCGGAUCAUGACCUCCCUCGCCACCUCGAGAGGGAGGGACCCGAGGGUCUCCUCCCUUCAACGACUCUGAAGAUUGGGGAUGAAGAUGGAUUAAGGAAGUCCAACUUCGACAGGCGGAAGUCCUCGUUCACGGGUUCCUUCAGCACGGCCGGGAUAUGCUGGUACCCGUUUCGUCUUCUCGGGAGGUGGACCUGGCACGACCUCCUUACGGAGCGGGGUGGAUGUUCGAUUGCAGGCGAUGAAGGACGCGCUGUUGGGGAGAGGAGAGGGGAACGUGGUCGUGCUGAGUUGCCGGAUGCCCUGCAGGAGAGAGCCGGCGUGGACGCGGGGGAGACGCACGCGGCGGGAUACGCGGGACACGCCCUCGAGCUGAGCAUGGGAACCCGUCAGGGGCAUGGUGGAACAUGGUGGGACAUGGUGGGACAUGGUGGGACACGGUGGGGCGCCGGGGUGACCCAGAAAGUGACCAUGUGGACGUCGCUGAAGCGGAACGGGAAGAGAGAGAAUAAGGUGGACAUUGACCUCCUGGGAGGACAGGAGAAGCUCAAAGGGGGAAUUCCAACUCGGCCGGAUCAGCCCCGAAUCGAUCCGACGGCGAUUCCCCGGGGAGAAGCGAAGAUACAAACGAUCGCCAUUCCCGCUGAUGAGGUUCGUUCUCCAGGGACAUUCAGCUCGUCGCGAAUGGAGAAGAUGCAGGCCGGCGGAGGUAUGACAUCCCUCCUGGUGCAAAUCAUGACCUCCCUCGCCCAGUUCAGUGACAAAAUCUACCCUCCCAUCGCCACCUCCAGCGUGAGGAACCUGAACGACGUGAUCGCGGGAGGUCGCCUCCCCCAGGGACCCAAGGGUCUCCUCCCUUCAGCCGUCAACGGUGAGAAGGAGGUGUGCUACCAUCCAUUCGGCUGCUUCGACCUGGCCCACCCGUGGACCUCGGAGGACGUUCGACCCGUUGCCUUCUUCCCUCAGCCGCCUUCCGAGGUUCGACCUGUCUUUUGCCUCUACGCGCCGAGGAAUCCUGGCACCUGUCAGACCUUGGAGAUGGGGAAUGAAGAUGGAUUAAGGGAGUCCAACUUCGACGGGCGGAGGGACGUGAAGGUCCUCGUUCACGGGUUCCUUCAGCACGGCCGGGACGGGGAUAUGCUGGAGACGACCGGCUCGGACAUGCAGAGGGUGCACGUGCUCGGAUUCAGCCUCGGUGCGCAUGUGGCUGGCUACGCGGGAUCCGCCCUGCAGGGAACGGGAUACCGUCUGGGGCGGAUCACGGGAUUGGACCCGGCCGGCCCCCAAUUCCAAGGGACGGAGCCCAUCGUCCGAUUGGAUCCGGGGGACGCCGUCUUCGUGGAUGUCAUCCACACCGACGCCAAUGGCGAGUGCGAAAGCGAUUCAUUUUUUUUAUUUGUUCCCUGUGAGGUCAAUGACCUGUCGGUUGCAGCGUACGGCAUGGAGCAGAGGAUGGGGCACGUCGACUUUUAUCCCAAUGGGGGCAGGGACAUGAGCGGAUGCGUCAGCCCCGGUGGCGGAGAUAUUGUGGACAAACUGGGGUGCGAUCACUUCAGAGCUCUGAGGUACUUGACGGAGUCCUUGAACUCGGGUUGCCCGUUCCUCGCCUUCAGAUGCGACAGCUGGGAAAAAUUCCUGAGAGGGGAAUGCUAUUCGUGCGGAGGCGGAGGAUGCGUUCGCCUGGGGAAUUCCUGGGAAGACUGGAGAGGAAAGGCAGAGAUGGCAAAUACUGGCUCUGGAGGCGCCUUCUUCCUUCACACUGGCCCAAGCCCUCCCUUUUGUCGGGUGACCCAGGAGGUGACCGUGUGGACGUCGCUGAAGCGGAACGCGAAGGGAGAGAAUAAGGUGGGCAUUGACCUCCUUGGAAGCAGGGGAAGCUGGAGGGGGGAAUUCUCACUCGGUUCGCUCCGCGAGAACGGAACCGGGUUGAGGGGAUUCCUCACGACGCAGGAUGUGGGCCACAUCCAGUCCAUCCGGAUCCGCGCCCUGCCCGACCUCCCUAUCAACAGGAUCUCCAUCCGCACGAUCGACUACAACCUCCGAUCCAUCAUCGAGUUCAUCGAAGCCCGUCGUAAAACCCGUUUCUUCCUCCGCAGGCGGGAUUUCUGUCUCUCCCGGGAAUGGGGUCCCUGCCCUUCCACCGGCGCCUUCUUCGGCUUCCUGCGAUGGCUGGCGACGAUGAAGAGGUCGGCCCGAUGA